GCCCGCCCGCCCGCUCCCGCGCCGCCGGGGCCCCGGGACUAACUCCGCCGCGAUCUCCCGCAGCCCGCGCUCGGCGGGCUGACCCGGACCGCGGGUCCCGCCGGGGACACAGACCCCGGCCCGCCUUCGGCUCCCAGACGUAGAUCCUAUGCUACUCCAGGUAUGAAGAUGAAUAAUGCAGGCCACUGGUUUCGAUGAUGCUGGGCUUUUAUAACUGGAUUCAUUAAGGAAUACAAAGAAAAUUCUUACAGGGAUCAAUAAUGGUGUCUUCUGGCUGCAGAAUGCAAAGUUUUUGGUUUCUGCUCAUUAUCAGCUUCCUGCAGUGUACUGAAGGUUUCAGCAGAGCAGCGCUACCGUUUGGUUUGGUGAGGAGGGAGCUCUCCUGCGAAGGCUACUCCAUCGACCUGCGGUGUCCGGGCAGCGAUGUUAUCAUGAUAGAAAGUGCCAACUAUGGACGGACAGACGACAAGAUCUGUGAUGCUGACCCUUUCCAGAUGGAGAACACAGAAUGCUUCCUUCCAGAUGCCUACAAAAUUAUGACACAAAGGUGCAACAACCGAACACAGUGUAUAGUAGUUACUGGGUCAGAUGUGUUUCCUGAUCCUUGUCCUGGAACAUACAAAUAUCUAGAAGUUCAGUAUGAAUGUGUUCCUUACAAAGUGGAGCAAAAAGUUUUUGUUUGCCCGGGGACGUUGAAAGCAAUUGUGGACUCACCGUAUUUAUAUGAAGCUGAACAAAAAGCAGGUGCUUGGUGCAAAGAUCCUCUCCAGGCUGCAGACAAAAUAUACUUCAUGCCAUGGACUCCGUAUCGCACGGAUACUUUGAUAGAAUAUGCUUCUUUAGAGGACUUCCAGAACGGACGCCAGCAGACGACGUACAAACUCCCAAACCGAGUGGAUGGUACUGGAUUUGUAGUGUAUGACGGCGCUGUCUUUUUCAACAAGGAAAGAACUCGCAACAUAGUAAAAUUUGACUUGAGGACUAGAAUUAAGAGUGGAGAGGCCAUAAUCAAUUAUGCUAAUUACCAUGACACCUCUCCCUACCGAUGGGGAGGAAAGACUGAUAUUGACUUGGCAGUUGAUGAAAACGGCUUGUGGGUAAUUUAUGCUACGGAACAAAACAACGGGAUGAUCGUAAUUAGCCAGCUGAACCCCUACACCCUGCGCUUCGAAGCCACCUGGGAAACGACCUACGACAAGCGGGCAGCAUCCAACGCUUUCAUGAUCUGUGGUGUCCUGUACGUGGUGCGGUCGGUGUAUCAGGACAACGAGAGUGAGACCGGCAGGAACGCCAUCGAUUACAUCUACAACACCAGGUUAAGCAGAGGCGAGCACGUGGACAUUCCUUUUCCCAACCAGUACCAGUACAUCGCCGCAGUGGAUUACAACCCCAGAGACAACCAGCUGUAUGUGUGGAAUAACAACUUCAUUCUGCGAUACUCCUUGGAGUUUGGCCCGCCUGAUCCUGCCCAAGUGCCUACCACAGCAGUGACAAUAACUUCUUCAGCAGAGCUUUACAAAACCACAGUGUCAACCACUAGCACUACAUCACAGAGAGGUCCUAUAAGCACAACAUCAGCUGGAGGAACAAAGGAAGGAAGCAGAGGACCCAAACCACCACCACCACCCAUUUCCACAACCAAAAUUCCUCCCGUGACAAGUUUUUUCCCUUUGCCAGAGAGAUUCUGUGAACCGACUGAGGCCAGGGGGAUUAGCUGGCCUCAAACACAAAGAGGAAUGAUGGUUGAACGCCCUUGCCCCAAAGGAACACGAGGAACUGCCUCGUAUCUCUGCGUGGUCUUAACGGGAAUGUGGAACCCCAAAGGCCCUGAUCUUAGCAACUGUACCUCACACUGGGUAAAUCAGCUGGCUCAGAAGAUCAGAAGUGGAGAAAAUGCUGCUAGUCUGGCCAAUGAACUGGCUAAACACACCAAAGGACCUGUCUUUGCUGGUGAUGUUAGUUCAUCAGUGAGGCUGAUGGAACAGCUCGUGGACAUUUUGGAUGCUCAGCUUCAGGAACUACGGCCCAGUGAAAAAGACUCUGCUGGAAGGAGUUAUAACAAGCUCCAAAAACGAGAGAAGACGUGCAGGGCUUACCUUAAGGCAGUUGUGGAUACGGUGGACAACUUGCUCAGGCCUGAAGCUCUGGAGUCCUGGAAGGACAUGAAUUCUUCAGAACAAGCCCACGCAGCCACAAUGUUACUUGAUACAUUAGAAGAAGGAGCUUUUGUCUUGGCUGAUAACCUUGUAGAACCAAGUAGAGUCUCAAUGCCCACAGAAAAUAUUGUUUUGGAUGUUGCAGUGCUUUCUACUGAGGGCCAAGUGCAGGACUUGCGAUUUCCUCAGGCUGGUAAAGGAGGCAACUGGAUUCAGCUCUCUGCACGAACCAUGAAACAGAACAGCAGGAACGGAUUAGCCAAACUGGUUUUCAUUAUUUACAAAAGUUUGGGUCGUUUCCUCAGUACUGAAAAUGCAACCAUAAAGUUAGGCAGUGACUUGGCGGGGCAGAACAGCACGAUCGCCGUCAACUCCCACGUCAUCGCCGCCUCCAUCAACAAGGAGUCGAGCCGGGUGUACCUGACUGAUCCCGUGCAUUUCACACUGGAGCACAUUGAUCCUGACAAUUAUUUCAAUGCAAAUUGUUCCUUCUGGAACUACUCAGAGAGGACUAUGAUGGGAUACUGGUCUACUCAAGGCUGCAAACUGGUUGACACAAAUAAAACUCAUACAACAUGUGCUUGCAGUCACCUCACCAACUUUGCAAUUCUUAUGGCUCGUCGGGAAAUUGUGUACAAAGAUGGAGUGCACGAAUUGCUCCUCACUGUCAUCACCUGGGUGGGAAUUGUCAUCUCUCUUGUUUGCCUGGCCAUCUGCAUCUUCACAUUCUGUUUUUUCCGUGGCCUGCAAAGUGAUCGUAACACUAUUCACAAGAACCUUUGUAUCAACCUAUUCAUUGCUGAGUUCAUUUUCCUAAUAGGCAUCGAUAAGACAGAGUACAAGAUUGCAUGUCCAGUUUUUGCAGGUCUCUUACACUUUUUCUUCCUGGCAGCCUUUGCCUGGAUGUGUCUAGAAGGAGUGCAGCUUUAUCUAAUGUUAGUAGAAGUAUUUGAAAGUGAAUAUUCUAGAAAGAAGUACUAUUAUGUUGCUGGCUACCUCUUCCCUGCUACAGUAGUUGGUGUCUCAGCAGCUAUUGACUAUAAGAGCUACGGAACAGAGAAAGCUUGCUGGCUACACGUAGAUAACUACUUUAUCUGGAGUUUCAUUGGACCUGUUACUUUUAUUAUUCUGCUGAAUCUUAUCUUCCUGGUGAUCACAUUGUGCAAAAUGGUGAAGCACUCAAACACUUUGAAACCAGACUCUAGCAGGUUGGAAAACAUUAAUAAUUACCGUGUUUGUGAUGGCUACUAUAAUACGGACUUACCUGGCUAUGAAGAUAAUAAGCCAUUUAUCAAAUCCUGGGUCCUGGGUGCAUUUGCUCUCCUGUGUCUCCUUGGCCUAACGUGGUCAUUUGGUCUGCUGUUUAUAAAUGAGGGGACCGUUGUGAUGACAUAUCUCUUCACAGUAUUUAAUGCUUUCCAAGGAAUGUUUAUUUUCAUCUUUCAUUGUGCCCUUCAAAAGAAAGUACGUAAGGAAUAUGGGAAAUGCUUCCGACAUUCCUACUGCUGUGGAGGACUCCCAACAGAGAGUCCCCACAGUUCAGUGAAGGCAUCAACCACGAGAACCAGUGCUCGCUAUUCCUCUGGCACUCAGAGUCGGAUAAGGAGGAUGUGGAAUGACACUGUGAGAAAACAAUCGGAAUCAUCUUUUAUCUCAGGUGACAUCAACAGCACUUCAACACUUAAUCAAGGAAUGACUGGCAAUUACCUACUAACAAACCCUCUUCUUCGACCACACGGCACUAACAACCCCUAUAACACAUUGCUCGCAGAAACAGUUGUAUGUAAUGCCCCUUCAGCUCCUGUGUUUAACUCACCAGGACAUUCACUGAACAAUGCCAGGGAUACAAGUGCCAUGGAUACUCUACCGCUAAAUGGUAAUUUCAACAACAGCUACUCACUGCGCAACGGAGACUAUAACGACAGCGUGCAAGUUGUAGACUGUGGACUAAGCCUGAAUGAUACAGCUUUUGAGAAAAUGAUCAUUUCAGAGUUAGUGCACAACAACCUGCGGGGCAGCAGCAAGAACCACAACCUGGAGCGGGCGCUGCCAGCCAAGGCCGUGAUCGGCGGGAGCAGUAGCGAAGAUGACGCCAUCGUGGCAGACGCCUCAUCUUUGAUGCACAGUGACACCCCCGGGCUGGAGCUCCACCACAAAGAGCUGGAGGCCCCCCUCAUCCCUCAGCGGACUCACUCCCUUCUGUACCAGCCCCAGAAGAAAGUGAAGCCCGAGGGAACUGACAGCUACGUCUCACAGCUGACGGCCGAGGCUGAUGACCACCUCCAGUCCCCCAACAGAGACUCUCUUUACACGAGCAUGCCCAACCUCAGAGACUCUCCCUAUCCAGAGAGCAGCCCCGACGUUGAAGAAGACCUCUCUCCUUCCAGGAGGAGUGAAAAUGAGGACAUUUACUACAAGAGCAUGCCAAACCUAGGGGCUGGCCAUCAGCUUCAGAUGUACUAUCAAAUCAGCAGGGGUAAUAGCGACGGCUAUAUCAUUCCCAUUAACAAAGAAGGAUGUAUUCCAGAAGGAGAUGUUAGAGAAGGACAAAUGCAACUAGUGACAAGCCUUUAAUAGUGUAGCAAAGAAAUAUUAAAGGUCACGUUCAAGUAUUAAAAAGACUUAAUUGGCCCCGUGCAGGCUCCCUCAUAUCUGCUCGAAGAGACAAUUCUGUUGACCCUGUGGUUCUCCAGUAACAGGGAUGACUGGACCUCGCAGUUCUGUGAAUUUUUAUAAAACAAAAACUUUGUAUAUACACAGAGUAUACUAAAAUGAAUUAUUUGUUACAAAGAAAAGAAAUACCAACAAGGUAUUUACGAUAUCUUCUGCUGCUGAAUUUAACAAAAUUGUGAAAAAAAAAGAGAAAUAAACACUUUCCAGCCAUUUUACUGCAGCAGUUUGUGAACUAAAUUUGUAAAUAUGGCUGCACCAUUUUUUUUUUCCUAGGCCUACAUUGUAUUAUAUACAAGGCGUAGGCUUUAAAAUCCUGUGGGACAAAUUUACUGUACUUUACUGUUCCUGACAAGACUUGCAAAAGCAGGAGAGAUAUUCUGCAUCAAUUUGCAAUUCACUGCAAAUCUUUUCCAUUAGGGCAAAGAUUGAAUACAUGUCUAACCACUAGCAAUCAAGCCACAGGCCUUAUUUCAUAUAUUUCCUCAAUUGUACAAUGAACCGUUCUCAUGAAAAAAUGGCUAAAGAAAUUAUAUUUUGUUCUAUUGCUAGGGUAAAAUAAAUACAUUUGUGUCCAACUGAAAUAUAAUUGUCAUUAAAAAUAAUUUUAAAGAGUUUGAAGAAAAUAUUGUGAAAAGCUCUUGGUUGCACAUAUGUUACAAGCUGUUUUUCUUACACUGUUCAUAGUACGAUAGUUUGUUUAAAAUACAAGUUCUACCUGUUUUCACUUAUUUUUUCACUGUAAACAGUGUUCUGCUUUGACAAGUUAGUUUUUAUUAAGUUUUGAAUUUUUAUUGCCAAAAAAACAUAAUUUGGAGAGAAAGUUGUUUUAGAAGCCAAUUAUGCCAAGCCUUGCACAAAUUUGGUGUAGCUAACAAAGAUUGUAACUCAAUUCCCUGUUCAUUCUUUAAUCAGGGUUGGGUGGUAAGGGGUAAAGGGGACACUGGACACUUCUCACAAGCUUUCUCGUGAAUGAAAGGUGCCUGUCCUUUAAAAAAAUAAAUAAAACAGAACUAUAACUCUUCCAUAUUCCUUCUGCCUAUAUUUAGUAAUUAAUUUAUUUUAUGAUAAAAAAUCAAAUGAAAUGUAAAUUGUUUCAACAAAAUUCUGCUUUUUUCAUCCCUUUGUGUAAACCUGUUAAUAAUGAGCCCACCACUAAUACCCAGUGUAAAGUUUAACACCUGUUUGACAGUAAAUAAAUGUGAAUUUUUUUCCAAA